AUGAAGGGACACGGUGUGUUCAUAGAGCUGACCGCUAGAGCAAGUUCCCCUGACCUGAGAAGGUGUGUUCAAGCUGAGCCUGACCUGAAAGGUGUGUUCAUAGAGCUGUCCGCUUCAAGUUCCCCUGACCUGAGAAGGUGUGUUCAUAGAGCUGACCGCUUCAAGUUCCCUGACCUGAGAAGUCCCCCCCUGACCAUCCUCCGACCCAGUCCCCCUCCCUCCGACCCAGUCCCCCCGACCCAGUCCCCCCCCAUCCUCCGACCCAGUCCCCCCCCAUCCUCCGACCCAGUCCCCCCCCUCCUCCGACCCAGUCCCCCACCAUCCUCCGACCCAGUCCCCCCAUCCUCCGACCCAGUCCCCCCACCAUCCUCCGACCCAGUCCCCCCCUCCCGAAAAUCCCCCCCGCCUCCUCCGACCCAGUCCCCCUCCCUCCUCCGACCCAGUCCCCCCCCCCGCCUCCUCCUCCCCCACCGACCCAGUCCCCCCCCCGCCUCCUCCGACCCAGUCCCCCUCAUCCUCCGACCCAGUCCCCCCCCCUCCUCCGACCCAGUCCCCCCGCCCAGUCCCCCCACCAUCCUCCGACCCAGUCCCCCCGCCUCCUCCGACCCAGUCCCCCACCAUCCUCCGACCCAGUCCCCCACCAUCCUCCGACCCAGUCCCCCCCAUCCUCCUCCCCCACCAUCCUCCGACCCAGUCCCCCCCGCCCCCCGACCCAGUCCCCCACCGCCCCUCCUCCGACCCAGUCCCCCCCACUCCUCCGACCCAGUCCCCCACCGCCCCCCUCCGACCCAGUCCCCCUCAUCCUCCGACCCAGUCCCCCACCAUCCUCCGACCCAGUCCCCCCCGACCCAGUCCCCCCCGCCUCCUCCGACCCAGUCCCCCACCGCCCCUCCUCCGACCUAG